UGGCGCUCGCUGCGGGGCGAAGCGGGGACCGGUCCGGUUCGGUCCCGCUCGGCUCCGUUCGGCCCCGCUCGGCCAUGGCGAAGCGGGCCGCGGUCCCCGCCGGGCCCCUCGGGGACGAUUUCUCCUUCGUGAGCCCGGUGGCCAAGUACGUGCUCUUCUUCUUCAACCUGCUCUUCUGGGUGAUCUCCAUGGUGAUGGUGGCCGUGGGGGUGUACGCCCGGCUGCUGAAGCACGCAGAAGCGGCCAUGGCGUGCCUGGCAGUGGACCCUGCCAUCCUCCUCAUCGUGGUGGGUGUCCUCACCUUCCUCAUCACCUUCUGCGGCUGCGUCGGCUCCCUGCGGGAGAACAUCUGCCUGCUGCAGAUGUUCUCCGUCUGCCUGACCAUCAUCUUCCUCCUGCAGCUGGCGGCCGGCGUGCUGGGCUUUGUGUUCUCUGAUAAGGCCCGCGGGAAGGUCAGCGAGAUCAUCAACGGGGCCAUCGUGCAUUACCGGGAUGACCUGGACCUGCAGAACCUCAUCGAUUUCGGGCAGAAGGAGUUCAGCUGCUGCGGGGGUGUCUCCUACAAGGACUGGUCCCAGAACAUGUACUUCAACUGCACGGCCACCAACCCCAGCCGUGAGCGCUGCUCUGUGCCCUUCUCCUGCUGCCUGCACGACACCGACCAGGCUGUCAUCAACACCAUGUGCGGCCACGGGAUGCAGGCCAGGGGCUACCUGGAGGCCAGUGCCUUCAUCCACACCAACGGCUGCAUCGACAAGCUGGUCAACUGGACCCACAGCAACCUCUUCCUGCUGGGGGGCAUCACCCUGGGGCUGGCCCUGCCCCAGCUGGUGGGCAUCGUCCUGGCGCGGCUCCUCAUCAACCAGAUCCGCGACCAGAUCAAGCUGCAGCUCUACAACCAGCAGCACCGGGCAGACCCCUGGUCCUGAGCCCGCACCCUCCCCGCGGCACGGCGGCGCUCCGGGGCCAUUCCCGAUGCCCGGAUCCGCGGGCACAGCCCUCGGGGCUCCGCUGGAGGAGAGGGAACGCGGAUCCGCGGUGGCCGCACAGGAGACUCUGUGCCUUUGGCAGCCGGUGCUGAGCUCGGCCUGGAGGUGCUGAGCUGAAGCAGCGCCGGGGAAUCGCUGUCUGUCUGUCCAUCCGUCCUGCUGGCGCACAAAGCUUCGCACUGGGAUAUGCUUCCCCUCCCCGCGUGUGCUGGAGAAGGACGUUUGUCUGUCUGUCUGUCUGUCCGCCCGUGCACCGAGCUGCCUUCGCCCAGGCCGGGCUGCGGGACCGGAGACAUUCCCGCCGUGGCCGGGUGUCCCUCCCGGUGUCCCUGGCCGCGGGGACAGCCGAGGGCACAGCAGGGCUGCCCCAGGGCCGGCCGAGGGGGUGGCGGGCUGUGCCCAUUCCUUGGCUUUCCCGGACAAUAAAGACACGAGGCCGGA